AUCAAGCAGAAAUAACAGAAAUAACUGCAAAUCUCGAACCGGAACAGAAUCUUAUCUAAUCCAAUCCAAACCAAACCAAACCAAACCGGGUGUCUUUGUUUGUAACUCGAAAAUGGUGAAGAAAGCGAUGAAGGAGGAAGAGGCAGAGAUGAGGAACUCGUCGAUGCAGUCCAAGUACAAAGGCGUGAGGAAGAGGAAGUGGGGCAAAUGGGUUUCCGAGAUCAGACUUCCCAACAGCAGGGAACGCAUCUGGCUCGGCUCUUUCGACACUCCCGAGAAGGCGGCGCGUGCCUUCGACGCCGCCCAGUUUUGUCUCCGCGGCCGCCAAUCCGGUUUCAAUUUCCCCGAUAAUCCGCCGUCGAUCUCCGGCGGAAGGUUGCUGACGCCUCCGGAGAUCCGGGAAGCUGCUGCUCGGUUCGCAAACGGUCAGGACGAUGUUACUAUCAGUGCCCGAGAGGAAGAAGAAUCGGUUUUGUCCGAAACCCGACCGGAGUCUCCUUCGACCUCCGUGUCUGAAGUAGCUAUGUCUUCGGCGACAACGCUAGAUUACGAUCUGUCGUUCUUAGACACGCUUCCGAGUGAUUUCGGGAUGUUUCCUGGGUUUGACGACUUCUCCGGCGAUCAGUUUACGGAGGUUUUGCCCGUUGAAGAUUACGGAGAAUUGAUUUUUGAUGAUUCUCUGUUUCUUUGGGAUUUUUAAAAAUGUCCAAAACGUUUUUGUGUAAAGAGUUUGAAUUGUUUGUUUAUUCGGGUCAUGAAGAGUAAUCUGGAUAUUUUUGUAAGUCGGAGCUCCAGUGACCCGGAAACUUGAUCAUUCUUGCUUGGUUGAUAUAUCAUUCCUUCAUUUUUUGCUGUUAA